GACCCUUCGAUGAUCAUAACUCUGGUACCCAGUCUAUAGCAACUUCGCCGCCGGUGCGGUUCCCAAAUGCCAAGUUGUUAAACGAGCACCACGGUUACAGCACAGGUAGGACCCUAAAACCAAACAUCAGGAACGCCUGGGGAACCCGAGAUGUUUGAUUCUCGUCGAUCUGGAUCUGCUCGAAUAUGGAUCUCGCCUGCUUAUCGACGAGUCCCUUGUAUGUGCUGUACAGUACAGUACAUUCAAGCCCGCUUCUUGAUCAUGAUGUUGCAACAGAGGUGGAGCCCCAAGCCAAUGACGAAUCUUCCCGCGUCUUUCGAGAUCCCAGGCUGACCAGCACGCACCUAGCUAUGUUCUUACGCGCGCCGCAGCAUGCACAUACAUACAUCAAUACGAAGAACCCCUCUUUGGGGGUUGUGUUCUCAGGGGGCAGGAGACGAGCGGAAUCGCAAUAUCCAUUGCGUAUCUGUAGGGCAGACCUAGUGACUAGCCCUGGUACUUGGUCGGAGAGAAUGAAACCUCGACCGUGACAUCCCUAAGAGAAGCGAGUGCGCUCCAUGCCACAUAUGGAUUAUGGACGGCCCCUCUGGCAUGCCGCCCUGCCGCUCUUGCACGGCACGGAGACUUGGACGAAAUG